ACAACAGUGCUUUGAAAACUGCGUCGGAGCAUCACUACUGCUAUCUGUGAUUUCAUAUUCCUGUCGUUAGUCGUUAAUCUGUCACGUAUCUGUGGACAGCUAUGCUGCCUGUAGUGAUGGUGCAUGGAGGUGCUGGUCAUAUUCCUAAAGAAAGAGCUGAACUCUCUACUAUUGGUGUAAAGGAGGCAGCCAGGACUGGGUAUGCCAUCCUCCAGAAGGGUGGAAGUGCCAUGGAUGCUGUGGUUGAAGCAGUGGCCCUGAUGGAGAACAACCCAAGAUUCAAUGCAGGUCGGGGGUCAGUGCUAAAUGUGAAGGGGGAGGUGGAGAUGGAUGCAAUGGUAAUGGACGGCAGAAAUCUUGAUAGUGGGGCUGUUUCAGCGGUCAGAAGAAUUGCUAACCCAGUGCAACUGGCCAGGCUUGUCAUGGAGAAGACCAAACACUUGUGUCUGACAGCUGAAGGGGCCUUUAAGUUUGCCAGAAGCAUGGGUGUACCGGAAGUGCCUGAGGAGUCAUUGAUCACAGACUAUGCCAAGAUGCGCUGGAAGAAGAACCUGAAGCCAGAUGCCAACCCUGUGGAAUGCCAAAUGGGCAAGAUGGGAACAGUCGGUGCAGUAGCUGUGGACAAAGACGGGAACAUUGCUUGUGCCACGUCCACUGGUGGAAUGAUAAAUAAAAUGGAGGGUCGUGUGGGAGACACGCCGUGUGUUGGAUGUGGGGGUUAUGCAGAUAACAAUAUUGGGGCUGUCUCACCCACAGGCCAUGGGGAAGCCAUCAUGAAGGUCACGCUGUCUAGACUCAUUCUCUUCCACAUGGAGCAAGGCAAGACCCCAGAGGAAGCUAGUGAUCUGGCUCUUACGUAUAUGAAGGAGCGGGUGGAUGGUCUUGGCGGGGUGGUGGUGGUAGAUCCAAAAGGGACCUGGGCAGCUCGGUUCAGCAGUUUACAGAUGUCAUGGGCCGCUGCCCAGCAGGGCGAACUCCACUAUGGGCUGUACCAUGGCGAACACUUUGUUGAGCCUGUACAAGAGAACAUAUAAUGACCAUACAUAUAUGCACACUCAUAGGCACAUUUUAGUUGAUCAAUCAGUAUUUAAUGCAAAGGGAAAUGUGCAUACAUGCAAAUCAGUGUUUGUCUGAAUACAUACAUACCUCAUGGCAGUAAUUGAGCAUUAUUAUGCAUUUUGAAGUUGAUCUUCUCUGCCGUAAACAGUAAAGCAAUGUAAGUCUUACACAGAUUAAUUGACAAAAUAACUAUUAUAACACUCCUUUUUGAGGGCAGUGCAACUGUCCUUAGUGGUAAUACUGUAUUUUCUCCACUAGAUGGAGGUAAAAUUAUGGUUUUGGAAUCAAGUGAAUUUCAUUUGUUGUAAGGUGCAGUGCCAUUUAAAGGGAUAGUUCACCCCAAAAUGCUAAUCCUGUCAUCAUUUACU